AUGUAAUCAAGUAGCACUCAACUCUCCAUCAGCAUUCAACACUCACAUUUGCUUCACAACUCAUUGCCGAUUCAAAAUCAACCAAGAAUAGCAGGAAUAACACUCGAGUGCAAAACAAGGAUACAUCUGAAGCGCUACACCGCUUUUUUUAUUUUUUUUUUAUUUUUUUGAUUCAUUCUAAUAUGACUGCAGUACCAACGCUUCCGUUUGUCCUGCUCAAGGCACACAAACCUUACUCUACAAGCGAUAUUGUAGCCCUCAAUGCUGCUGCCGCCACCUCCGCACCAUUGACAUCAGCAACCAUGACGGCUACUGGCAGAUCUUCCUCAUCACACUCAUUGAUGGAUAGCCGACCAGUACUUCGCUCCGCUUCGACAACUGACGCCAGAGCAAGUCCUGGAUUAGGAAUUGAAGCUGCGCCCACAUCCUCCAUAUCAUCAUCCACUGCACCAGCAACAGUUAAGGCUACAGACCCUUCUACUGACUCUAAUCCGAUAUCAUCAUUAUCAUCCGUGAUUCAGACUCGAGCCAUCCACCCGCAAGUGCAUUAUAUUUUCGAGGACGAUCCUCUUGAGAGUGAUAUCCUGGAAUCCAUCCCAAAAUCGCGUUCUAUCACCUUGGAUCUUGACCCCAAAUCGGGUACUAUCAGCAAUGUGGAAUCCUUUAUGACCCAUUUACAGAUCAUGGACAUAAAACUGGUGCCGCUCCAAACAACUCUGACCAAUGCUACGACAACAGUGAUGACAACUACUACUAAUGCUGCUACAUCAGCUUCCUCGGCAUCAUUGAACUCCUUGGGGGUAAUCCCAUCAGCGGGAAACACAGAUACUGGGAGUGAGGGUAGCCAUAAUAAUAUCGCCCAUACACAGGUGUUUGCAAUGACAGAUACUACAAGUAGUAUAAAUAAUACUAACAACGGCUCUCCUUUAGCUGCUGCUGCUGCUGCUGCACUUUACAGGACAGACUCUUAUGGAGCUUCUUCUAAUCAAUCUUCAAUGACAAUGUCGAGUACAAAGAUGGCACGAAAGACGUCUGAAAGAAGUUUGAUGGGGCAAGCAGGGAUAACAUUAGCGCCAGCAGCAUCACUGACAGCCACUGCAAGAGGAAAUGAUAUCGAAGAUGAUCUCAAAUCCCACAGAAAUGACGAUGCAACGCUGCCAACUGCUAUUUUAAACGCUUCAAUAUCAGUAUCAGCAGCAGGGGCGUCAUCACCAUCGUCAUCAAUACGGGAGCCCAUAAUCAAGGAUUGGACACUUGUUAUUGACGUUGUUGAAGUAGAUGAGGAAGAUCAUGAGAGUGAUUCUGAGGUGCUGGAUCAGUCCAUGAUCUCAAGCUUAGACACCGACGUGAUUCCUGGAAAUUAUCUCUCUCACUGCGAAGCGCUUCUCAAGUCAUUUAGUGCGAGAAAUCUCUUGGUGCACAAAAUGAUCGAUUUCAAUGAUAUCAGCCCUCCUCUGAAAGGCAAUCCUCAUUAGAAUAUAUGGCCACGAACACCAAUGGCUCGGGGCCACAAUAGCCUUUUUUUCAUUUUGUGCUGUUGGUGUAAAUCCUUUUUUCCAAUAAUACAACUUCAUGGGAAACGAGUGAACGAUAAAAUGAAAGAAUGAAUUAAAAAGUCUUCUUUUUUAGAUGCAGGAAACAAUAUGAUAUAAUAAAAAAAGAACGGCCACUUUUUCACUCCUUUUUAGGGAGAGGCUUCUCUGAACCGUG